CCCGAUUUCCACAAACCUCAAAACUGGAACUACUCUCUUCCUCUAUGGAUUCCCCGAGGAUGAGAAGAGCUAGAGCCGACGCGGCGGCGUGGUACUUGUCGAAGAUUCUGCUGGGACUGAUUCUGGUGGCGUCGAUCAGGGAGAGCUCUUCUUCGUUGACGGAGGCGGCGGAGGCGGCGACGACGACGAGGGGAAACCGGCUGGGCGGGAGGGCGUGCGAGGAGAUAUACGUGGUGGGAGAAGGGGAGACGCUGAAUACGAUCAGCGACAAGUGCGGCGACCCGUACAUCGUGGAGGAGAACCCGCAUAUCCAUGACCCGGACGAUGUCUUCCCGGGUCUCGUCAUCAAGAUCACCCCUUUCUUACCCAGGAAGUAGCUGCUAGCUAGUACCUAAUUAUUAUAAUCAGCUGCUAGUUAAUUACUAGUUUUUUUCUUUCUCUGAUUAAUUUUAUUUUAUCCGGCGCCGGAAAGAUGAAAAAUUUCUCAUAUAUUUGUAUAUAGUGAGAGGUAAUUAAAAGAAGCCCAUAAAAAACAAGAUCAAUCAAUAUACAAGCAUACGCAGCUGUUCAAGCAUGAAUUAAUUACUGAUCUGUCU